AUGGCGAGCCAGAUUGCCAGUCUCGAGGAGGAUAAGAGAGCAUACUGCGAGCAGCUCGACAUCGUCGAAGCCCAGUUAAGAGAUGACCCCGGAAAUUCCGAGCUCCAAAGCCUCCAGUCCGAGCUAAAGGACAUGAUCCAACUUCUCGACGAGUCCCUCUCCGAGUUAAAGCCCAAGCAAGCUCCCAAACCAGCGCAAGCGCCGAAGCAACCCUCGCCUCCCCCGACGCAAGAUAGGUGGCAACGUGAAAAGCCAUCUGGUUUCAAGAAAGUAACAGGCCCAUCCUCCGCCGACGUAUCGGCCUCUUCGGCAUCCGCUACCCCCGCCGAAGAAGAGCCCGCGAUCGCGUAUCAAGUCAACGAUGAAGUUCUCGCAAAGUGGCUGUCGGGUGAUAAGAAGUUCUGGCCCGCUCGCAUCACAUCCAUAACAGGCUCAUCAUCGGCCCCGAUUUACCUAGUCAGGUUCAAGAGCUACAAGGGCACCGAGACCUUGCGGGCCAAGGAUAUUCGACCCAUCUCCCACAAGCGCAAGGCUGACGGUCCUCCAGCUACUUCUACCACUGCCGCCACUACGGCCUCUACCACCACCUCCAGUGGCGCCUCAACCCCCGGCGCCGCUCCCGCUAACCCCCCGAAUGCUGCGCAGUCCGGUGCUUUCACAUUCACCUCGGCACCUCCUCCACCCCCUCCCGGUUCGAAUAAUGGCAUAGUCUUGUCGGCUGCUGCCAGCCGGUACCCCGAGCAGCCCAAGGGAAAUGAAGCUGAGACGAACCCACAAGCCGCCCAUGGAAAACCUCCUAGGGCAAAGAAGAUCAAGGCUAACAAGGAGCUCGAAGCUGGAAAGAGCAAGUGGCAAGAGUUUAGCGCCAAGUCCAAGGCGGGAAAGUCUUACAAGAAGGAGAGCAUGUUUCGCACUCCCCAAGGUAUCCAUGGAAGAGUUGGAUUUACUGGAUCUGGCCAAGCCAUGCGCAAGGACCCUACCCGCAGUCGCCACAUCUACCAGACCAACGAAGACCUCGAUUGA